AUGUCCGGUGUUGGGCCAUCCCUCCAUCCGGGCGAGAUCCCGUCUUGGACCGUCUUGAAGUUCCCCCCCGACCCGGCGCCCGAUGCUCUUCCCCCGCCCUACGAUGGCUCGCCAUCUCUCAGGACGCCGUUCCCAAUCCUUGCCGACAUUUACAAUUCGGUCCUCGACCUCUCCGUGCCCAUUACUAUUGCCACGGUGUACGCUGUGAGCGUGACCCUGUUGAACAGGUACAAUAAGAGCCGUGGCAAUAAACCCUGGUCCAUCAGCAAGACUGGCGCAUUCAAGGCCUUCGUGAUCCUGCAUAAUGUUUUCCUGGCCGCCUACUCCGCCCUCACCUGCUACGCCAUGUUCCAAGCGUUGAAGAGGACCUUCCCCAACUGGAGAGAGCCAAAUGCUUUCAUCGGCACUGUCGAUGCUCUCUGCAAAAUCCAUGGUCCACGGGGUCUGGGAGACGCAGCAACCUACGACACCGCAACGAGCAAGUGGGUGAAUAAGAACAGGCUCAUCAAGCUGGAUCCCCAAGGCCUUCCGGACUCAACCGACGUUGGAAGAAUGUGGAACGAGGGCCUUGCCUUCUGGGGAUGGUGGUUCUACCUUUCCAAAUUCUAUGAGGUCCUCGACACGGUCAUCAUCCUUGCCAAGGGAAAGCGCAGCUCCACUCUUCAGACAUAUCACCACGCUGGUGCCAUGCUCUGCAUGUGGGCAGGCAUCCGCUACAUGGCUCCUCCCAUCUGGAUCUUCGUCUUGGUCAAUUCUGGAAUCCAUGCUAUGAUGUACACAUACUACACAGUCUCCGCUCUGAGAAUCCGUGUCCCACAAGUCAUUAAGCGUACCCUCACCACUCUGCAGAUCACCCAAUUCAUUGGAGGUGGUACGCUGGCGGCCCUGUAUCUGUUUGUGUCCUACACGGUCCCGGUUUCCGUCCCAUACGAGCCCACCGAGACCACUAUCUCCAAAGCCACCGCUUCCCUGGCCAGCCCAGAAGCCGUAGCCACCGCAACCGGGGCGGCUGUCGCUUUCCUAAAGAAACUGGUCUAUCGCGCCGCCGGCGAGGAGGGUCUGGCCGAGAAUAUCGGUUCCGUUGGUCAAGCCGCCCACGGCGUCCACACUCCGUCGCCUGCCGCCCAUGACGGCGCACGCAAGGUCGCCUACCGAACCGAGUACCAGAGCGUCCCCUGCAUUGACACGUCCGGCCAAGCCGUAGCCGUCUACCUCAAUGUGCUCUACCUCGCCCCCCUGACCUUCCUCUUUGUCCGCUUCUUCAUCAAAUCCUAUCUUCGCCGCACCUCGCCCGGGACCAAGCACAUGACCAAGCAAAAUGCCCUCUCCAAGUCCAGCAACGACGCCAUCCGCGGCGUCGAGCGCGAACUCGAGGCGCUGGGCAAGGCACCCGAGGACAUGGAAGAUAUCCCCCCAACCUCGCAGCGCGGACGCAGGGGCUCGAGGAAUCGGCUUGCAGGGAGGCCGUCUCUGAGUCCGGAUAACCAGAAGUUCGUCCAGAGUGUGAAGAUUAAGGUGAAUGAGCGGUUGGAACAGAUUGGCGAGGGCCCCGAGGCGUCGAGGGAGCGGGCGAAGCAGUUGGCGAAGGAAAUCGUGGAGAAGGCGGAGAAGGCGGAGAAGGAGGGCAAUGGGGAAAAGAAUGGGAAGGCGUGA